GAUGACAUGUGCUCCGUACUUCGUGAAAUCUAACUUGUUAUGUAUACACUUCCUCAAUUCUGAUAAUAUAAUCAUAAAAUAGGAUUGACAGGUACAUAGGCAAUGUAAACAUCAAGCACGUGUGAAUGUAUGUGCAUACGCUUAAAACAUUUCAAACAACUGUCACACUCUACGACAUUUAAUUUCACCACUGACCAGUAAACACUGUCCAUCCUCAUGAAUUCGGAAGAGUCUUUGUGGUCAAAAGCAGAUAAAAAAUUGAACCGAGCUCGAAAAAGAAUGAGUCACUUGGCUGAAUUUUCAAUAGAGCCAACCAGGAAAGUAAUUCUUUGCAAUCUUGGAUUGGCCAAUGUGCUGGAAAAAGAAUGUUUCGAGCAAUAUGUAUCACAGGCAUUACCAGAAAUUAGGUAUACGCUGAGCAUGCCAGCAGGAGAAACUUAUUGUUUCUUUGAUUUUGAUUCUGUGAAAGAAGCUCAAGACUUUUAUAGUCAAAGUCAUGGAAAACUUAAAUUUGUUGUUAAUGAACGCAAAGUGCCAUUCUGUCUAGGUUAUGUGAAAUCAGUUGCAGAUAAAACAUUGAAUCAUUGUCCUCCACCAUCCCAUUAUCCAAAUGGUUUGAGACUAAUAAAAAACUUUGUUACUCCGGAUGAAGAAAAAUUGUUGCUAGAUGAUCUUGAUUGGAAUGAUAAUGAAGAAAAAUCUAUUCUUAAGAAUAGACGAGUUAAACAUUUUGGCUAUAGAUUUUGUUAUGAUUCUAACACAGUAAAGAAAGAUGCAACAGUGUCUCCAAUACCAGAAAAAUAUGGAUUCCUGCUAAAAUCUUUUGAAGAUUUAAUGACUGAAAAUGUUGACUAUAAUCAAUUAACAAUUAACAGAUAUCUCCCAGGACAAGGAAUUCCAAAUCACGUAGAUAAUAAUGAAGUUUUUGAUGAACCAAUACUCUCGCUUUCACUUAAUUCAAGCUAUGUGAUGGAUUUUUGCAAAUGUGAUUCAUUAGAACAAAGACAAAAAGUAUCUAUUGAUUUGCCACAAAGAUCUCUUUUAAUCAUGAGUGGUGAAGCAUUUAGAGAAUGGACUCAUGGUAUUGCUCAACGACAAAAUGAUGUUGUAGAAACUGACAGUGGUGAUGAUGUAAGAAAAAGAGGCAUUAGGGUUUCAUUUACUUUCAGAAGAGUUAAAAAAAGUUACGAUAGUAAUGUUGAUAAUUCAUCAUCUGAUAAUAAAGAUGAUUCAAAAAGUUUGCCUAAUUUGAUCAAUCCAGUUUCAACGAUCACAGACAAAGUUGCAUCUAAACUUGAAGAAACUUAUGUACAUGAGGUCUAUGAAAGCAUAUCAGAUCAUUUUAGUAAAACCAGACACACACCAUGGCACAAUGUUGAAACAUUUGUAAAAAAUUUAAAACCUGGAAGUCUGUUGUUGGAUGUAGGUUGUGGUAAUGGAAAAUAUCUACACGUGAAUCCCAAUAUCUGUAAAUUUGGUAUUGAUCGUACCAUGAAUCUAUUGCAAAUAUGUAGGGAAAGAAACUUCGAAGUGGCCCGCGGAGAUUGUUUGUAUUUACCGUACAAAGAAAAUUCUCUUGAUGCCGUAAUUUGUAUAGCUGUUAUUCAUCACUUGUCAACAGAAGAAAGGCGUCGCCAAGCCAUCGUCGAAAUUAUAAGAAUAUUGCGACCCGGAGGCAAAGCCCUGAUUUAUGUCUGGGCGAAGCAACAAUCGCGUGGUUCAGUUAAUUCAAAGUAUUUGAAAUCUGGUAAAACGAAAAAAGACACGCGAAUAAAAGCAGGUGAAAAACAAACCCCAACUAAAGUGAUGCAUCGCGAUAAUGAAAUUUCGAUAACACUGCCAGUUCACGAAAAUCGCACAGAAUUUGAUCACCGCGAUUUAUUAGUUCCAUGGAAAAAAGAAGAAGAAUCGUUUUUGAGAUUUUAUCAUGUUUUUCACGAAGGAGAACUCAGAGAACUUUGUGAAACAGUUCCAGAAUCUAACAUAGAAGAAAUUUAUUACGAUCAGGGCAAUUGGUGUGCCAUUCUAGAAAAAAAAUGACUCAAUCAGUUGCUUUGAUUUUUAUUGAUUUAAGCUGGUCUUAAUAAUGCACUUAAUAUUUCUGUAUUAACUAACGAUUUUUGAAAAUGAUAUUUUAAUAGUAAAAAAUGUACACGCGAGAGCAGUGAAUUGUAUAUUUUUGGACACUAUGUGAUUUUGUACAGUAAAUUAUUUUAAU